CGUUUCUGUUCAGUUCCGGGUUGCGUUAAAAAAAAAUAUAAACAAGUUGGCGGUAAAGAUGGAGGCUGUAGAGAGUGAAAUCUUACCAAGUGAGGAAACAAAUCCAGAGUACAGGGUCCAGGUAACCUCGAAGAAAGUAGUAAGUGAGCAGGUGAACAAAUACAAAGAACUUUUAAAGACGGCUCUGGACGGGCAGCCGGAGGACUUUCCGGAGGAGACGAAGCGAGUUUUACUGCAGGAGCUGCUGGCAAAUUUUGAGGCUGCUGUUCAGGCUAACGUGUUGGUGAAUGGACGGCCUUGGGAGGAGGCGCCCGAUGAUGAAGCAGAGGAUGAAGCUGUAGAUCUGGAAAGCCUCCUGGACGAUACUAUUGUUGAGACCACAAGAAGGCGCCGUACAUUCCCCAAAAAGAUCCUUCCUCAUGUGGUGCAUGCCCUCAAGGCUGAACGGAAAAUCAUGGGGCUGUAUGAGCAGGCCAUCAAACCUCAAGAGGUGGUCAAAGAUCCUGAUCAAGAGAACAUCAUGAAUGAUUUGACAGCAGUCGCUCCUAGUGUGGUAAAGCAGGCCAUCCAGGUCAUAAAGUCAAUCAACACUCUGCAAACACAAGUUGAAGGCCUAUGCGAAAUCCUCAAAAUGAAACCCAGCCAAGCCUCUCUGGAGAUACACAGAGAAGUGUUUGGUUUUAAUGACCAAUCAGAGGCUCCUUUUCCUCCUGCGAAAAGAGCCAUGGGAAACAAGCAACCAAUCAAGAGAGCUGUAGAGGAAGCAGCAGCCGCAGAGGGCUAUGUGCCCCAAGCCAAGAAACCAGAGUGCUGCGUGGGAGAGGACAAGCUCGAGUGACACUUCAAGAAACAUUAAACCAGUGUGAAAUUCCCAAACACUGCAGUUCCUCUAAUGGCCACUUGGCUGAUCCCAAGAGCCAGCACAUCCAUAGACUCCCACAUUAAAAUGUCUAACUUUACAGCGGAAAUAAAUGUGCUUUACAAGCUACUACAAAAAUGUUUUGCUCUCUGUAACCUGCUCCACCCUCUUUAACAAUUGUACAAGGUUUAGCUUUAGUAUGAUCUGGUCUGUGUCUGUAUGCAGCUUGCCGUCCAAACUUAGCCAAAAACUUUUCACUGCUCUCUCUGUCAGCACUUCACCAGCACUGUGGUGGCCAAAAUAGCAACACUGGGGCCUUAAAAUAUACCAGAUUGUGUCAAAGUGGAUACAUCCCUUUUUAAUAUCCAGUCUGUGGCUGAAAUUAAUAAGUGUAAACAUGAUCAUUCUUUUCCAUGAAGCCAAACGGAAGUUUCAGUUCCAUGUGUGGGCGGCAACAGAGAUACUGUUUGGCAAGUCAAAGCACAAAUAAAAAUACCUCAAACUG